CAAAAAAAAAAACCCCACAGAAUAUCUCUGUAAAUUUCUCCAUUAAUUCCUCUGGUUUUGUACCUAUUCCUUUGAUCGUACUUUUCUUUCCUAAUUUUUACUCUAGACGGAAACCCUUGAAUGGGCUACCUUUGUUUCUCUUUAGGGUGUUCAAAUAUAGGCCAAAUUCAAGCUAAUGGGUGCUCUAACCAGUUAUCGGAAGCGGGGUUCCGAUUGUUUUUAUAAGUCCCCAGUUCUAAGUCCGCCCAAUUUCGAUACCCAUCGACGCGAUACUCAUGUUUCGAAGAAACCCAGAUUUUCACAAUCUAUGCCUGAAAGCCCUAAUUCACCAAUUUCGUCAAAAAUCACUGCUUCAAGAAUUUGUCGAUACCCGGAAUCUGUUACGCGGUUUCAGAGAGAAGUUCAUGCUCCUACUAGAACACCCAAAUUCAGGUUCGCCGCAAGUUCGAGGGCGACGGGUGUUGGGGUUAGUCAGAGGGAGAAUUCAGCUGAUACGAUGGGGAAUGUGUUAGUGUCUCAUUACGUAAAGGCUAGGAAAUACGCAUUGGAUAGUUUAAGGUUUUUUAAGAAAGAUAAGGAGGUGAUUGAGAUUGAUGAUGAUACUGUUGAAGAUGACGACGAAGUUUCGGAAAUUGAGAACUUGGAAGAAGGGAGAGAAGUUAGGUCUAUGGUUUUAGAGAACAGUUCGAAGGAGACAAAUGGGAUGGUGGGGAAUUUGCAAAAACUAAAGUGGAAGGGUGUGGAGUGUAGUUCUCAACCGUCAGGUUCUUCCGUGGUUGUGGAUUUGUCCAAUGUGGAUUUAAAGGUGGAUAGUGCCGGGAAGAUGCUGGACUCGUUGUCGGUGAACUGGGAUACAGAGUUUUCAGAUCUGCCUGUGCAUAAAAAGUUGCACGAUUACACUGAGAAAAGGAAUGAUAAGUUGAAUAGUUUGCAGUUUCAGAUUGGUUUAUGGGAAAAACAUCGACAAACACUUUCAUUAUCGUGGCCUCUGCAGAAACCGAAGGAGGAUGUAGCUACCGAGGCUUUUCUGCCACUUACCGAGGAGGAAAAGGCUGAGGUUGCUCGUGCCUUUUCUAAUUCAAAUAGGAGAAAGGUAUUGGUCAAUCAUGAGAAUUCUAAUAUUGAGAUUACAGGGGAGAUAUUGCAGUGUUUAAGACCAGGUGCAUGGUUGAACGAUGAGGUUAUUAAUCUGUAUCUCGAGUUGCUGAAAGAGAGGGAAAACAGGGGGCCCAAAAGAUUUUUGAAGUGUCAUUUCUUCAACACAUUCUUUUAUAAAAAGUUAAUAGGUGGGAAGGCUGGUUAUGAUUUUAAAGCGGUUAGAAGAUGGACUACGCAAAGGAAGCUGGGGUACUGCCUUCUUGAGUGUGACAAGAUUUUUGUUCCUAUCCACAAAGAAGUGCAUUGGUGCUUAGCAGUUAUCAAUAAGAGGGAUGAGAAAUUUCAGUAUCUCGAUUCACUGGGAGGGAGCGAUACUCGCGUGAUGAAAGUACUGGCUAAAUAUUUCGUUGAUGAGGUGAAGGACAAGAGUGGGAAGGACAUUGAUGUUAGUUCUUGGAAGAAGGAAUUUGUUGAAGACCUUCCUGAGCAGAAAAAUGGGUUUGUGGAGCAUAUGCCCUACUUUCGGCUGAGGACUGUGAAGGAAAUAUUGAGAUUGAAAGUUGAAUGA